AUGUUACCACCGGCCGCCCCAGCGCUUACUACCGUUCGCGGUUUUGCACCGACCGUAUCCGGCGACGACGACUCUGACCACUGCAUGACACCACCCUUGUCUGCGCGACGCGGCCGCACCCCUCGUAUCGACGAUGUUGUUAGCGCUAACUGUAGUCCCGUUUUGCGCGGCAGUCAUUCGCCGGCUAUUAGCGGUAUCGCCAAGCUGCGCAUGCAACUCGAACCUCUCAGCCUGGGCGACUCACGCGCCAGCACGAUGUGUCGAACUCGAAGCGCCAGCCGACAACGUGUCAUGAGCGGAUUCACUAGUCACACAGGUCGCAGUGACGACGAAAUCUCGGAGGCCGGAUCAACCAGUUACGAAGUCGCUCUGGAAAACGACUUUGUUAGCGAGAGUGUACGAGAGAAGCGGUACGGCGCCAUCGAAGGUGGACUGGUACCUCGAAAGAUGCAAUCAGAUGACUUCGAGCCUCUUCGUUGUCUCGGAAAGGGCACGUACGGCACCGUUCUUUUAGUAAAGCAGCGCGCUACCGGUCGACUCUACGCGCAGAAACAAUUUAAGAAAGCCUCAGUUGUCGUUCACAAGAAACUCGUCGAGCAAACAAAGACGGAGCGACAAAUUCUCGAGUCCGUCAAUAGACACCCCUUUGUCGUUAAGCUGUUCUAUGCCUUCCAGGAUCAAGAGAAGCUAUACCUCAUCCUCGAGUAUGGACAGGGCGGAGAGCUGUUCACUCAUCUCAAUACUGAGAAGAUGUUUCCCGAACCGGUCGCUGCUUUCUACAUGGCAGAGAUGGUGCUCGCUCUUUCCCAUCUCCACGAUACGCUCGGUGUGGUCUACAGGGAUUUGAAACCUGAGAAUUGUUUGUUAGAUGCGCAAGGUCAUCUUCUGCUGACUGAUUUCGGUCUGUCUAAGGUUGCGGUAGAGGAAGAAGGUGGUUGCAAGUCUAUACUCGGAACCGUUGAGUAUAUGGCACCCGAAGUCGUUCAAGGUCAGAAGUACGGCAAAGCAGUCGACUGGUGGUCGUUCGGGGCGUUGGGCUACGACCUUAUGACGGGUAACCCGCCUUUCCGGGGCGGCAACCACGCCAAGAUCCAGAACAACAUCGUCAAACAGAAACUUAUCCUGCCAUAUUUCCUAGGUCCCGAUGCCAAGGAUUUGCUUACGCGGCUUUUGAAGAAGGAUCCCGCCAAGCGUCUAGGUUCCAACAUGCCCAAAGAUCUCCAGAUCAUCAAGAAACAUAGAUUCUUCCGGAAGAUCGAUUGGAAGAAGCUUGCGAACAGGGAGUUGGAGGCGCCGAUCCAGCCAAUGAUAACGGACCCCGAACUUGCGGAGAAUUUUGCUCCGGAAUUCACUGAGCUGUGUCUGAGCCCUAUCGUCGCAAAGGAUCCCUGGAACGAAUUUUCACCGAAGGACGGCUUUAAGGAAGACCCCUUUGGCGGAUUCAGUUUCGUGGCCUCCAACAGUCUGCUGGAGAACAACGGUUUUAUGUGCGCCGAAGCAUGA